UUGGAUGAAAACUUCUCAACUCACAUAAAUUUUAUAAAAAUGGAUUUAAAUAAAAAAGUCACUGUUCUAACUCCAAAUGGAAGAAGACAAAAUAUAAAAAUUACACCAAGUACAACACUGUUACAGAUUCUCGAAGAAGCAAGUGAAAAACAUGGAUUUCCUAGCGAUGAAUAUGGUUUAAAAAGCCACAACAAAGAACUCGAUCUCAUGCAAAUGUUUCGUUUCACUGGCUUACCAAAUAAUUGCCUCCUCGAAAUGUUUGAAUGUACAAAAAAAAGAGUUGAAUCUACCGCCGAUAUUUGUGUCCAAUUGGAGAAUGGUAAUCGGUGUCAGGGACAAUUUAGUCCAAGUACAUGUUUGUGGGAUAUUUUAAGUAAAGUAUGUCCAGAAUAUAUUGGCUCGGAUAUGAGUCCAGUUGUGAUUUAUAUGAGAAAGGAAAUAUUUGGUGAAGAACUCAAACAAACUACACUUAAAAGUUUGGGGGUAACCGGUGGAAGGACUAUGAUGCGUUUGGUUAAUAAAAAUCCAGAUGAAAUUAAAACUCAAGCAGGAGUGUAUGUUCCACCUGAAGUGAAAGAAGAACCUAAGACCGACGAGGUCAAACCCGUACGAAAGCAACCGAGCAAAGGAGGUUUCUCCAUUACGUCAGAAUUAGUUCAAUCUUUAAAGAAGCAAGAAACAAUGGAAGAUGUUGUGCCAGAACCAAAAGAAGAGUCCACCGAUAUGCCAGAGUCUACGGAAAGCAAACCUGAACCACCAAAAGUUGUAUAUGAUUGGGGUACUGGCGCUGGAAGAAGUAUGAUGUCUACUGAAACUUCUGAAGCAGAUAAUGAUACAAAUCAAAAUGAAAUGGAAAUUGAACCAGAAGUCAAUGUGAUAGGAGAACGAAAUGCAGUUAUAUACUCUUUAGAUUCCACACAGAAGCAAAUGGAAGAUCUACCAGAUUCAUUCUUUGACUUAACAGUUAAUGACUUAAAAUUGGUUUUGCGAGAUUUGAAAAAAAUUACCGAAGGAAAUGAUGAUGCUCCUCUGCUCACAGCUAAAAUGCGGGAAAUCGAAGAAAACAGUUCACUAUUACGGAAACUUGCUCAAUACAAACAAUGCAUUAUUCGAGUACAGUUUCCUGAUAGAAAUGUUCUUCAAGGUGUCUUCAAGCCAACUGAUAAAGUCGAAGAUGUUGUAAGUUUUGUUCGUCCAUUUUUAACCAACGAAGAUCUAGAUUUUCAUUUAUUUACUGUUCCACCAAAGAAGCUUUUACCUCAUGACAAGACACUUCUUGAAGUGAAUUGUAUUCCUAAUGCUGUUUUACAUUUUGGUGUAAAUGAAUGCGAUGCUCUGCCAUCUUUGUUAUCUUAUUUAAAGAAAAACUACCUAAUGCAAUUAACCUCACCAGAAGGAGCUUUUUAUAUUGCUUCGAAGUCACGAUUAAUUCGAGGUGCAGAGGAUAGUGAGAGCAAUAAUAGUACAAAAAAUGUAUCUAACUCUCCUGGACCAUCAACUGGUGCUAUACCAAAGCGACCAAGAAAUGAUAAUGUUCGAAAAUCUGCAUCCCCAAAUCGAAAUUCUAGUGAUGUUCCCAAAUGGUUUAAACCAUCUAAUUAGUUUUUAUUUGUUGCAUUUUAAUUU